AUGGCGACCAAGCGAUUCGCACCGACUCCCACCCCCUCUCUCCUCUCCUCCUUCACCACCCGCCCAUGCUGUCUCAACACAUCCCUCCGCGCCCUCCUACCAGCCACCCGUCCCUUCUCCUCAACACCAACCCCGCAAAACUGGCUCACUCCCAAACGCGGCGAAUCCAGCAAAUCCCGCAAAGGCAAACCUCACGUCGCAACCGGCGGCAGCGUGCGCGGCACCACCCUCGUCUGGGGCGACUACGGCCUGCGUCUCCGCUCACACGACCGACGCAUCUCUGCCCACCAGCUCAAAGUCGCCGAUGAGACGAUCCGGAAACGACUAAGAGGUACGAAGUAUCGCUUGUACCAUCGCGUGAAUGCGAACAUUGGCGUGUAUACUUCUGGCAAUGACCAGAGGAUGGGGAAGGGCAAGGGGAGUUUUGAUUACUGGGCUUGCAGAGUGCCGGUCAGUCGGAUAUUGUUUGAGCUGAAGGGGGAUGUGCAUGAGCAGGUUGUUAGGGAUGCCAUGAGGUUGGCGGGGAACAAGUUGCCAGGGCUCUAUGAAUUUGUGCGUAAGGGAGAUCCGCCGGUGAUGGGUAUCACAAAGGUCGGCUUGGUUGGAAAUAGCGAAGAGUUCUUACGGCGGCCUAGGGUGCCGGUGGAAGCGCCGAGUCUGCCGCAUACCGCACAGAGAAUACCUGGGACGACGCCUGUAUAA